GAAACAAUCUUGAUCAUUGUGAGUUAGUGCGAAGAACAAAGUUAUCUAUAGUGAAUUCAGUGAUCAAAUAUUUAUACAAUGAAUUAUUUGAGUCUUCUUUUGUUAUGCUGCUCGGCGGCCGUGACGAUCGGACAAAGAGUAUCGGAUACGAGCAAUGACUUUACCGGUCAAACGCGAAACGCGGGCGGUUACGGUCUUCUAAAGCCGGGCUAUCAAAACGGUUACAGCGGCUAUGGCGGCUACAACACCGGCAGCGCUGGAAGCAGUUACCCGGGUUACGGAAAUUAUCCUGGCUACGGCAGCUCGGGUUUCGGUUACGGAAAUACCGGUUUAAGCAACGGCUACUCCGGUUUCGGUUAUCCGGGUCAAAGUUAUCAGGGCGGUUUUGGCGGUAACUAUGGUGGUUACCAAGGCGGAUAUCAGGGCGGUUAUCAGGGAGGCUUUGGCGGACUUUCAGGGUACCCGGGCUAUGGAGGGUACAGACCGGGAUAUCAGAGCGGCAGUGCCGGUUACCCGGGCUACAGAUCUGGAUACAACCAAUACAGAUCCAGUUUCGACCGGUACCCCGCGACCAACGCAGGUAAUUUCUUUGGAGGCUACGGCGACGGCUACAGCGACAACUUUAGGGUGGUCGCGAGAAGUACUAACGAGAAGAAGAAGGUGGAAACUGUAGCUUAACUCAAUAGAAAUAAGAUACAUUUUUUAAGUUGUCGAUUAAGUCCUUAUAAAAACACCGUAGUUUGUGCUAAUCGAUUAAUGGUUAUUGUAUUUUAGACAAAGACUUUUACUAGUUAAAUAUGAUAAGCAAUCUAAUAAUCUAAUGAUUUAAUCAUUUUUAUUAAUUGACAUUUAUGGUUUUCGAUAUACAAUUUCGUGGAAUCACAUCUUUGGUACAUUCACGCAAGUAAAAAAACGUUGUCAAUAUUAGUAAUUGUAUAUUUAGAGCCAGUGAGAAAAUAUAUUUUCUCAUAACACAUAUAAGAUGACCCUAUAUAUUCCUAUAUUGCCUUUUCGCAUUAAAAGUGUACAAUUUCCAAAAAUAUUCUAAAUUGAGUUAAUAUGCGUAAACAUUUGGUAUCACCAGUAUUUUUCUCAUAAAUACUGU